GGCCGGGGGCGGCGGCGGGUCCUGCCCGAGCGCAGCGCAGCGCAGCGCAGCGGAGCCGCGGCGGGGCCUGCGGGGUCAGCAAUGAACAAGCUGCGGCAGAGCCUGGGUCGGAAGAAGCCGGCGUACGUGCCGGAGGCCAGCCGGCCGCACCAAUGGCAGGCGGACGAGGAGGCCGUGCGGCGCGGCAAGUGCAGCUUCCCCGUGCGGUACCUGGGCCACGCGGAGGUGGACGAGUCACGGGGGAUGCACGUGUGUGAGGAGGCCGUGAAGAAGCUGAAGGCGAGCGGCCGCAAGGCCGUGAAGUCGGUGCUGUGGGUGUCGGCGGACGGGCUCCGCGUGGUGGACGACAAGACCAAGGACCUCCUCGUCGACCAGACCAUCGAGAAGGUCUCGUUCUGCGCCCCCGACCGCAACUUCGACAAGGCCUUCUCCUACAUCUGCCGGGACGGCACCACGCGCCGCUGGAUCUGCCACUGCUUCCUGGCCCUCAAGGACUCUGGCGAGCGGCUGAGCCACGCCGUGGGCUGCGCCUUCGCCGCCUGCCUGGAGCGCAAGCAGCGGCGGGAGAAGGAGUGCGGCGUCACGGCCUCCUUCGACACGUCCCGCACCAGCUUCGCCCGCGAGGGCUCCUUCCGGGCGCCGGGCGCCGCGCAGCCGGCCCAGCGCCAGGGCGUCAUGCGCCAGCUGCAGGACCAGAAGCGAGCCGAGGCGGCCCCGGCGGCCCCGGCGGAGCCCCCCGGGCCGGCGCAGCCCGGCGGCGCCUCGCCGCCGCCGGCCGCCACGUCGCCGGCGGAGGGGGCGGCGGGGGGGGGCCCGCAGCACGCCAUCCCCCGGCGCCACGCGCCCCUGGAGCAGCUCGUGCGCCAGGGCUCCUUCCGCGGCUUCCCGGCCCUCAGCCAGAAGAACUCGCCCUUCAAGCGGCAGCUCUCGCUCCGGCUCAACGAGCUGCCCUCCACCCUGCAGCGCAAGGACAGCUUCCAGGCCCGCGGCGCCGUGCUGGAGCUGGAGUCGAGCCCCCCCGGCGACAGCGACGGCAUCAACGACCUCUGCAGCCAGAUCGACGCCUCCUUCGCCUCCUCCUUCAUCCCUCCUCCUCCUCCUCCUCCCUGCAGGCCCUGCAUCCUGGGCUGAGGGGGCGGCCGCGGGGCCCCCCCCUUCCAGCCGGGCCACCGCCGCACGCCCUCGGAGGCCGAGCGCUGGCUCGAGGAGGUCUCCAAGACGGCCAAGGCGCAGCAGCAGCAGCAGCAGCAGCAGCAGCAGCGAGCGGGCGCCGGGCCCCCCGCCUACCCUCCGGGCUACGAGGCGGCCCCCCACCCCGCCGCCGGCGUCUUCCUCCCGGCCUUCGUCCCCGUGGGCGCCUACCCGCCGGCGCUGCCCCUCGGGGCCCCCGCCGUGCCCGUGGUGGGCAUCACCCCCUCGCAGAUGGUGGCCAACGCCUUCUGCGCCGCGGCCCCCCUGCCCGCCGCCGAGCUGGCCGCCAAGGCCAGCGCCUUCGCCCCCCCGGCCCGGCCCCCGGCCCCCCCGGACCCCUUCGAGGUGCAGUGGGCGGCCCUGGGCUCUAAGCCCCCCCCGCCGCCGCCCCCCAACCCCUUCGCCGGCGACGCGCAGAAAACCUUCGAGAUCGAGCUGUGA